AUGGCAAGUACCUGUGGCUCAACAUGUCCUACCGAGAAUGGUUUCUUUGCAAAUGAUCUCAACCUUGGAGGCAGUGCAAUCCUCCUCGCCGUCUUUGCUUUCUUGACCCCAGUCACCUAUUAUCUGGGAUACCGCUUCCGGACCCCGGGCUUCUCUGCCUUGAUGGCAACUGGACUAUCUUUCGAGGUCUUCGGCUUUCUAGGAAGAGUUCUCUUGCAUGAAUCGCGGGACCGCCAAGGUUACUUUGCCCUUACGCUCUUGGGGAGCACCCUAGGACCAGUCUUUAUGUCUGGUGCCAUGACAAGUAUAUUGCCACAUUUACUGGUCAUCUAUGGGCAGGGUCAUGACAGAUGCCAAUCUAUUCUUACCACAUCCUUCCUGUUUGGUCUCUUCAUAGUGAGCCUUAUACUCGACAUCGUGGGCACUGUGUUUGUUGCCUACGGAUAUGGAGGCGUGAGCCGUGACAGGAGUGCCGAUAUAAUUGCCGGAGGGUUGGGUGCCCAAGCUCUCUCGUUGUUUGCUAUCAUGGGCGUGCAUGGAGGUAGCAUCUCUUCUACUCUUUGCACAGACGAUAUAUCGGAUAUUCGAGAUGAUUGGUGGUCUGAGUGGUACGCUGUUCCAGAGCGAGCCCGCUUUCAUGAUUAUGAACGGACUGGUCCCAUUCCUCGCCUGUCUCCUCUUGACGGCCGCACACCCUGGUGCCGCUUUUGGGCCAUCAUGGGGCGCAACAUCUUCUCGAUACCGAAAGCGCCGGGGCCUACCUCUUCCACCAUUACAAACAUCAUUUAG